UGACAGCUCAAUUUUUCAACUUCCUAAUAUUUUUGGAAGAUAUUUUUAUCAAUAUUACUGCGUAAAAUUUUAUAAUAAUGCAGCAAAUAACAGUAUUCAUGGACAUUGAGAGUUCGAGAUCGUAUAUUGACGAGUUGUAUUCACCAGAUGCAACAAAGGUAGUAGAGGCACUAGUUACGCUAAAAAACUCAGUAAUUGGCAGUAACCGGCAGAAGAGUUCAGUCAUUCAGCAAGGAGUUGUACCUCGACUCCUGCAGCUGAUGUCAGACGAGGCACUUGAUCCCAACAUAAGACUUGAAGCCACCAUCACAAUCGGUUCACUAGCAAAAGGUACACUAGAUAAUGUAAUGGCAUUGGUAGAACAAGGGGCUGCAAUAGCAUUGGUGGAAGUAUUGAAGACGGUACCUAUUGGCACUAAGUUGGUUGAGGCUGCCCUAUGUGCGCUGCGGAGUAUCUUCCUCCAUCCACCUGCACCAAUAGCUGCUCUCCCGGCAGACAUGAGGUUGCUGACAAGGCUAACACAAAUUGCACGCGAGGGAACAGCAACAGCACGAUGCUGUGUGGUACGGAUAUUGUCAGUCUGGUGUGGUAGUCACAUGGAACAAGAAGCUCUUUGUCAAGCGGGCGCCUGUACUGCGAUAGCGGCCAUGCUCGCCAACGGCCGCAACUCCGCCCCACCUCUGGCACGGGCGCUGCCAGCAUUGGAAUUACUUGCUAAUAUGUGUUUUGAGAAUGGCAACGUGUCACAAGUAGCUUUAAACACUAGGCAUGGUGACAAGACAAUCCCAGAGCAUCUUAUGUGCCUGGUGUCGCGAGAUAAACCUUUACCUGUAGCUUUGGGAGCAGCACGAUGUCUCACAUUUAUCCAUCGUGCUGGCGCUCUCACUGCCGACGACAAUAGAGUGGUAUUUGGUGCCUUACCUUGUCUGGCGCGACUCUGUACGAAAGAAAUGCCGGAAGAAAUCAGAGCGAAGGCUGCAGAAACAUUAGCCUACUUAGCAGAGGUGGACACUUCCCUUCAAAGACUCGCAGCUAUUUCCAAUCACUUGAUGAAUUCACUCGCAGAUAUAGUUAAUUGUCAAUCGGCGGCGGCGAAACAGGGCGCGUUCAAAUGCUUCGCGUCGCUAGGUGCUAAUGACGAGGAUAUCAGGAAAAGGAUUAUUGAGACUCAUGGCCUGAUGAAGCAUAUUGUCAGUGAAAUGAAAAAUCCAGAGCCAUCUAUCAGAUUGGCAGCUGUGAGGUGUCUACACUCGCUGUCAAGAUCUGUUCAACAGUUGCGGACUACCUUUCAGGAUCACGCCGUAUGGAAACCAUUGAUGCAAUUGCUGAGCGAUUCCCCCGGAACCGAACUGCUCACAGUUGGCUCCUCAACACUGUGCAAUCUAUUACUCGAGUUCUCACCGGCCAAAGAACCAAUGUUAGACCAAGGUGCUGUAGAAAUGCUAUGUAAUUUAACAAAAAGGCCAGAAGCGGCCUUAAGACUUAAUGGCAUAUGGGCGCUUAUGAAUAUGGCCUUUCAGGCCGAACAAAAAGUGAAACAGCGUAUCCUGUGUUGUUUGGGCACGGAGCAAAUGUUCCGGCUGCUCGGAGACAGCGACACGCGCGUCAUUAUGAAGACACUCGGGUUGCUACGGAACUUGCUCUCCACUAGGCAACAUAUUGACGCCAUUAUGAGUGAAUAUUCCUCGCAAGUUAUGCAGGCAGUGAUAGUAGUGUUAGAGGGGUCGUAUCCUGCAGAAGUGAAGGAGCAGGCGUUGUGUAUACUAGGAAAUAUUGGUGAUGGUGAGAGAGCACGCGAUUUCAUUAUGGCCAAUGAGGAUGUACUAAGGAAGCUUGUUGAUUAUUUGGCGCACCCGGAGAGCAAGCUGCAGGAGGCGGCGCUGUUCGUCGCCAGCAACCUGGUGCGCUGCAGCGAGGCCGGCGCUGCGCAGCGGCAGGCGCGCCUCGCGGACCUCGGCGUGCUGCGCGCGCUCAAGCUGCUGCGAGCGCGCACCGACGCCGCGCACCUGCACGACAAGUACGCGCGCCUCGCGGACCUCGGCGUGCUGCGCGCGCUCAAGCUGCUGCGAGCGCGCACCGACGCCGCGCACCUGCACGACAAGUACGCGCGCCUCGCGGACCUCGGCGUGCUGCGCGCGCUCAAGCUGCUGCGAGCGCGCACCGACGCCGCGCACCUGCACGACAAGUACGUACACAAACACACACACACACACACACACACGUGA